GGCUUUUUGCCCGUUCUCAUAUCCGAGGUUCUGGCUACUGAAGGAAGAGGCUGGGUCAAAGCAGCCAGACAUUUCCAUGUUCUGGAACGGCCAGACAGGCCAGCUCCCCUUGGAAUGGAAUCUGUUGGUGCUCUGACCAUCUUCAUGCUAUUCAUCCUCUUUGUGAAUGUCCAAGAAACUGACCACCGACCCCCUUCCCGCAAAUGCCCCAGAAUCCGGGAAAAAUGUGAAUUCAGAGAAAGGGACCAGUGCACCAGGGACAGUGAGUGCCUGGACAAUCAGAAGUGCUGUGUCUUCAGCUGUGGAAGAAAAUGUUUCGACCUCCAAGAAGAUGUAUGCAGUCUGCCAAAAGAAACGGGUUUCUGCAUGGCCUUUUUCCGUCGGUGGUGGUAUAAUGAGAAAAAUAAUACCUGUGACAUGUUCAUCUAUGGUGGUUGCCAGGGAAACAAUAACAACUUCCAAACUGAAUCCAUGUGCGAGAACUUCUGCAAAAGAAAAAGUCACUUCGCUCAAGGAUAAGGACACAGUGAAACAACCUCUGGGAUUGGGCUCCUGCUCCAGGCUCUGCAUGCAUCUGACUGAGGCUCCAAGUGGGCGUCCCCUGUCCCAGUCCCAGCGCUCCAAGAAGAGUUCGGCUUUUCUCAACAGUGAACCCUAGGACCUGCCUCCCUUUCCUCCACGCCCACCUCUUUUCAUGCAUGGUAUCUUCUGUUUGGAUCUCAUCUCUGUGUAUGCUCACCCUGGCAUCUCCAUCUUCCAGAGUUCCUUGGUUAUCCCUCUGAAGCUCCUAUUUUUUUUUCAAUAAACUGCUUGAUUUAGUAUUAUGACUUCA